AUGAAGAUAAAAUUUGUUUAUAUGUCGAGUAAAAAAUUCCAUUAGAUUGUACUAGAUCAAACGUUAAAUCUCAGCGUCAUGAGAUAGUCACGACGAAAAUAAUUUCUCAAUAUUGUCUUAGAUGUCGAACGACUCAGAGUUCAAGCUGUAAUCAGGAGUUGUGACAUCAUUGUGUGAUAUCUCUAUCCCGAGUAUAAAACCUCCGUCAACUUUAACACUUGUUAGUCUUAAGGAGAUACUCAAGUGACCGUGGCAUUAAAUAUUAAGCGUCGCAGUCUAAUUAUUCUUACUAAUUUCCAAGUGCACGUUUUAUUAUUAAAAGAUACGAUGCAGUACACUUUAAAGAUGGCAAGGUGUUCCAGACUUUUAAAUAAGCACAAUAUUGUGGCUCAACAUAUGCGUGGUUUGCAACUAAGUAGUUUACAGAAUAAACAGAACAUGAAUAAAUUGCUUCCACAAAAGGAGGAAUUUCAAGCGAGGCACAUUGGACCCAGGGAACACGAGCAGAUAGAAAUGUUAAAAUUAAUUGGAUUUAAGAGUCUUGAUGAAUUAACGGAAACGGCAGUACCAGCUACGAUUCUUCGCAAAGGAGAUUUAAAUCUCGAGGAGCCAGUUACUGAGUACGACCUAAUGAAGCGAAUCACACAAAUUUCUGAAAAGAAUUAUGUUUGGCGCUCUUACAUAGGCAUGGGGUACCAUAACUGCUGCGUACCGCACACGAUUAUGCGUAACAUUUUCGAAAAUCCUGGAUGGACUACGCAAUACACUCCUUAUCAGCCCGAGAUUUCGCAAGGACGACUCGAAGGCCUGUUGAAUUAUCAAACCAUGAUAUGUGACUUCACGGGGAUGGAAGUGGCGAAUGCCUCUCUGUUGGAUGAAGGAACAGCGGCAGCGGAGGCUCUGGCGCUCGCAUAUAGGCACAAUAAAAGAAAAAAGUUGUUUGUCUCCGACCGAGUGCAUCCUCAGACCAUUAGUGUUAUCGCGACACGCGCCGCAUCCUUAGGUUUAACGCUAGAAGUCGGAGAUGUGUUUAAAGUAGACACCAGUGGGAACGAUAUUGCUGGUAUUCUCAUACAAUAUCCCGAUACAACUGGUUGCAUUCAUGAUUUCGAGGACAUUGUUCAAAAGUCGCACGCUAAUGGGACUCUUGUCUGCGCUGCCACAGACUUACUUGCUUUAGCUGUGCUUCAACCGCCAAGUGAUUUUGGCGUCGAUGUAUGCGUGGGUACCAGCCAGCGUUUCGGAGUGCCUCUCGGGUAUGGUGGGCCCCAUGCCGGGUUUUUCGCAUGCCGACAGAAGCUGGUGCGAUUAAUGCCCGGCAGAAUGAUAGGCGUCACGAGAGAUUCCAGCGGACAGGACGCUUAUCGGCUGGCUCUCCAAACGCGCGAGCAGCACAUCAGGAGAGACAAAGCCACCAGCAAUAUCUGCACCGCACAAGCGUUGCUAGCUAACAUGUCCGCGAUGUACGCGGUGUAUCAUGGACCUCAGGGAAUACGAAAUAUCGCAAGCAGAGUGCACAAUUUAACGCUAGUUUUAGCGAAGGGUCUGGAGGUAGCUGGAAAUGCGAUAAAUAACAUUUACUUCUUCGAUACCAUUACAGUAACGCCAAAAGAUUCUGUCCAGACGAUAAAGGAAAAUGCGAAUAAGGCUAAAAUAAAUUUAAGAUAUUUUAACGACGGUAAGAUUGGAAUAUCUCUCGACGAGACGACGACGACGGAGGACGUGAAUGAUCUUUUCAAGAUAUUUUCGGCGAACAUUACGGUUGAAGAAGUGGUCAAAGAUGAAAACUUCCUAACGAAAAGUUUGGAUAAGUCGGAUUUUCAUCGUACUAUUUCAUAUUUACAACAUCCCGUAUUCAAUAGCCAUCAUUCGGAAACGAGAAUAGUUAGAUACAUGAAAUCUCUGGAAAACAAGGAUGUAUCUCUCGUGCAUAGCAUGAUUCCACUGGUGAUAAUUUUUGUUUCAAAAAUAUUAUACUUGUACGUUUGCCUCUUUACUAAUAUUAAUGUUUAUCAGGGUUCUUGCACGAUGAAGUUGAAUUCAACGACGGAGAUGAUGCCUUGCAGUUUGAAAGGUUUCACAGACAUACAUCCUUUUGCUCCGCUUGAGCAGGCCGAAGGAUACCAACAAUUAUUCGCUGAAUUGGAGCGAGAUCUAUGCGCGAUCACCGGUUACGACGGAAUUAGUUUCCAACCGAAUAGCGGAGCGCAAGGUGAAUACGCGGGUCUGAGGGCUAUACAAUGCUAUCACGAAUCGAAGGGCGAUAAGCAUCGACAAGUCUGUUUAAUUCCGAUAUCCGCGCACGGCACAAAUCCCGCAUCCGCUCAAAUGGCGGGUAUGCAGGUGGAACCGAUCCUCGUGCGAAAAGACGGUUCAGUUGACUUGGCGCACUUGAAGGAGAUGAUCAACAAAUACCAGAAGACGCUGUCGUGCCUGAUGAUCACGUAUCCAUCGACGAACGGUGUGUUCGAAGAAACGAUUAGCGACAUAUGCAACAUGGUGCACAAUGCUGGCGGGCAGGUAUACUUGGAUGGCGCCAACAUGAAUGCUCAAGUAGGCUUGUGUCGACCCGGUGAUUACGGCAGCGACGUGUCGCAUCUCAAUCUGCACAAAACGUUCUGCAUUCCUCAUGGGGGUGGCGGGCCUGGCAUGGGUCCCAUUGGAGUGAAACGACAUCUUAUACCUUUCCUGCCAAAUCAUCCCGUAGUAAAUUUGGGCGACGACUAUAACGACUUGAAGAAUCUCGGUGCCGUAUCGGCCGCGCCUUUCGGAUCGUCCGCUAUUCUACCGAUCUCGUGGGCUUAUAUCAAGAUGAUGGGUCCGAAAGGCUUACGCAAAGCUACGCAAGUAGCUAUUCUUAACGCCAACUAUAUGAGCAAGAGAUUAGAGAAGUAUUACAAAACGUUGUACAAGGGUGAGACUGGGCUGAUCGCGCACGAGUUCAUUCUAGAUGUAAGAGAUUUCAAGAAAACUGCCAACGUUGAGGCUGUUGAUAUUGCGAAGAGAUUGAUGGAUUACGGUUUCCAUGCGCCCACCAUGAGUUGGCCCGUAGCCGGUACCUUGAUGAUAGAACCGACUGAAUCCGAGGAUAAGACUGAGUUGGAUAGAUUUUGUGAUUCUUUAAUCUCCAUAAGAAAGGAGAUUGCAGACAUCGAAGAAGGAAAACUGGACAUUGCACAGAAUCCCUUGAAAUUGGCACCUCACACGCAAAAGCAAGUGGUAACGACCGAAUGGAAUCGACCAUAUUCGCGAGAGUUAGCAGCUUUUCCCGCUACAUUUGUGAAAGGAAGCAACAAGAUUUGGCCAAGCGUUGGAAGAAUAGAUGACAUAUACGGUGAUAAGAAUCUAUUUUGUACAUGCCCGCCCAUUUUACCAGAGCAACAAUAGUGAUGUAUUUAUACACUGUGUACAGUUAGUUACGUAAUGCACAACUAUUUAAAUAUUUAUUAUUACUUUUAUACAAAUAUAUUAUUUAUAUAAAACAUAAUUCUUUCUGUUUGACCAUAGACGAAAUAUAAUGAGAAUCUGUGUAUUUGAAA